CUUCCAUGCUAAUACACAAGUCCACACCAAGACAAGUACCAAAAGUCAUAACUUUACCAUUCCGCUGCCAAAUAACCAAAAGAAUCAGCAUGUCGCUCAGACGCUCGGCUCGGAAUGCGAAGGUUGCUGUGACCGAAGCUCCAGAAGCUUCGUACGAGCAGGUGGGUGCAAAUGGCUCCCCGAAGAAGCUCUCAGGCCCUCCAUGCAGGGCCGUGGACUAUCCUGCACCUUCACCCGAGUCGCAACAUAAGCUUGCUACUCGCAAGAAAGCCACAGCUAUUGUAUUCGAUGGACAUUCGAAAGGUAGAACUGCACCAAAAAAGACUGCUGCACUGGAAAAGGUUGCUGCGCCGAAGAAACCUGUGGCAUCGAGAAAACGCAAGGCGCCUGAAACUGAACUAGAGUCAUCAGUAGGCAUCGUCAGCGACAUGCCAGGGACAGCCCGUUUUCCCACGCCCGGUAUGCCCAGCAACGGUGUCGACAAUCUUCCGACGACCCCUGCGUCCAAGAAGCGUCAGCAUCGCAACAAAGCCGACCUCGUCUCACGCACAAAGCCGGUACCAUUCACGCUAACGCCAUCGGGCGUGGGCCUCAUUGCUGGCUCAGAGAACGCAAAAAGAGCAAAAGAUACAGAUCACUUGCUCGACUCACUCGCGAGCCUGAACCGCAACCGCCCCGCCGCACCAGAUAUCACCAAUGCACCCGUCCUGACGCCGAACGGAUCGCAGGUCGUGGUCAAUGAGUCGCCAAGUAAGAAGCGGAAAGCGAAUAAUCUCCCGCCAGACGUCGGGUCGCCGAUGAAGUCCACGAGCACGAUCGCGACGUUGUUGAAGGAUGCAGAGGCGUAUCUAAUCAAGGUGGACAUGGAGGUGACGGGGAAUCGGAGGCUGGAGAGAUUGAUUGCAGGCCACCAGUGCAAGAUGUUUAACCCGGAGGGUUUGAGGGAGGUUGUCGAUCCAUUUACGGCGCUGGCGAGUGGAAUCAUUGGACAGCAGGUCUCGGGCGCAGCAGCCGCCUCAAUCCGCAAAAGGUUCACCGCCCUGUUCGAAGACACACAUCCCGCCUUUCCGUCCCCAGCCCAGGUCCUGACCAAGGAUCUGCCCACCCUUCGCACAGCAGGCCUCUCACAGCGCAAAGCCGAAUACAUUACAGGCCUUGCGGAGAAGUUCGCCUCUGGAGAAUUCACCGCGGAGAGCCUCGUGAGUGCAAGUGACGAAGAGCUGAUCAAGAAACUGGUCGCUGUCAGGGGCCUGGGGCGUUGGAGCGUGGAGAUGUUUGCCUGCUUUGGGCUGAAGAGGAUGGAUGUGUUUAGCACAGGCGACUUGGGCGUGCAGUGAGUCUCCUUCCAUUCUGACUCGACCGUCUUGUUUCGGUCGUCAUUUGCCACUGUUGUCGUUGCAAAGAUCAGGCAUAGCGCGGUCUGUCGUGUCGCUGUAGUGUAUGCAUUUGCUACACCACAGCAACGUCGGCUACGUGCAUGACGAGUGUCGUACAAAUUGACGGUUGAGAGCGCGCGCGAAGCGAGGGAGGAUCCCGGUACAAUGUCGAUACACAGCAGCCGCAGGCUGGAGGCGGGAGGACUCUGUUAACAUGUUACAGACGAGGCAUGGCCGCAUACAUGGGCCGCGACGUCUCCAAGCUGAAGAAUAAGGGUGGUAAAUGGAAGUGAGUACCACCUUCAUGCACUCUUUUUACCUCCUACC